UGUAAAGCCUUCUUCAAAAGAACUAUACAAGGAAAUAUAGAAUACUCCUGCCCAGCUAGUGGAGAAUGUGAAAUAACUAAAAGAAGACGUAAGGCCUGCCAAGCUUGCCGAUUCCAAAAAUGUUUAAGAGUUGGCAUGCUUAGAGAAGGUGUUAGAUUAGAUCGUGUACGAGGUGGACGACAGAAAUAUAAACGUGGAAUAGAUUGUCAACCAGUCUUACAACCC